CGCAAGCGCGGCAAGCUGCCAAAGGCCGUAACGGACCUGCUGAAGUCCUGGCUGCUGGAGCACGCCACCCACCCGUAUCCGACCGACGAGGAGAAGCGUCGGCUGUGCGCUGCCACUGGCUUGACGAUGAGCCAGGUGUCCAACUGGGUGAGUGGUCCGCAGCGUGUGCCGAGC